CGCCUGACUGUUUCUGGCAGUUCGCAUUCGUAUUGGUGAGAUCUAUCCGCUCAGUGAAUUGCUGGUCUGAGCAAAUGAUAGCAGAGGAUAUAUCAAAAGGAAAGGAAAACGUUAAGGUUCCAGUGGUGAAUGAGCUCAACGACGAAAAGCCUAGCGAAUUUGGGUACACCCCAUUCUGCAUAGGUGGGCCAAAUGUCAGCGAGGCAUUUAAUUCCCCAUUCUACACUGGAUGUAGAUGUCAGCAACUCUCAUGUACCAUGGAUAUCUGCUCUUGCUUAGAAAGAUAUGGGCCAUUUUAUGAUGAAGAUGGAUGUCUUCAAAUCUACAAUCAGCCAACUGAUUACUGCCAACCAGUGUUUGAAUGUAACAGUCGCUGUGCUUGUUCAGGAUCAUGUCCAAACAGAGUGGUUCAGAAGGGACAGCAACUUUAUCUUCAGGUAUUCAGAACAGAGCAUAAAGGAUGGGGGUUGAGAACUCUUGAAAGCAUUAAGAAAUUUACUUUUGUGUGUGAAUAUGCUGGUGAACUGAUUUCAAUUCAAGAAGCUAAAAAGCGUGCACAGGAAUUGACUCACGAGACUGGGAACUAUCUUAUAGUUCUCAGAGAACAUAGUUCCAAAGCCCAGGUGUUAAGAACUCACGUAGAUGCUCAUUUCCAUGGUAAUGCAUCAAGGUUUGUGAAUCACUCUUGCAGCCCUAAUCUCAUAAUGGUGCCAGUGAGAGUGGAUUCCAUUGUUCCCAGACUAGCCCUCUUUGCAGCCAGAAACAUUGACAUUGGGGAAGAGUUAUCAUUUGACUAUUCAGGGGAAUUUGAUGUCUGGCCUGCAGCUGAAACAAAUAGGGAACAUGUAAAAGGAUUGGAGUUCUUAAGAGACUUUGGGAAGGAACCAAAGAGUUGCUGUUGUGGAUCACAGGGUUGUAGAGGUGUUCUACCCUUUGAAUCAUCAUUAUAUUCGGCUUAAGUUGUCCAGGCCAAAUCAUGGCAUGCACUGGCUGGCAAAGGCUCAGAAGCUUUCAGCCCUCUCUUUCUCCAAAGACAUGGUGGUCAAAUAUUUAUCACUGAUGUGAUUUAACAAACAUAAAUAGCCAGGGUACGGAAGAAAGUUUGAGCAAGAUCAAGACAUGUAUUGGGAAAGGACAAAUUACUCAUAUGCCCAUGGAUGUACAGUGUACAGUGUACUAGAGAUGAACAGAUCAAUAAGAUUUGAUAUUCCAGCCUGCUAACCUAAAAUCCCAGGUAUAAAAUGCAGACAGGAGCUAAUAUUGGAUAUAAUUUACGAUGAUGAUGAUGAUGAUGAUGAUGAUGAUGAUGUCAAUGACAAUGCGAGGAUGAUGACAAGGACGAGGACGAUGAUGAUGAUGAUAAUGAUAUGUAAAGAAUUAUUCCACCUUAUAAUUGCUCAUAGUAUAGAUUGAUGCACUCUCUUGUGUUAUGUAUUAAUCAAUAACUGUAAAUACUGUAACUAAAUUUGUCUUUGACUUUAUUCGGUAAAAUAUGAGUCCUUAACUCAUACAGCCUUUUGUUGUAUGUAAUAUAACUUAAACUCCAGAAAAUAAAGUUAAAUAUAUCGAUCCAAGUCCAUUGAAAAUAAAUUGAUACUUUCAACUGGACAUAAAUACAGUGUAUAAGAGAUGGAUGUUCUUCAAAUAUUGAACAAUAAAUUAAUCUAGUAUAAUACAUAAUUAUGUCAAAUACAAGGGGAGGCAUAUACAACUGUACAUGAACAUUAUGGCAGCAUCGUUUUCAUUUUACCUUAGUUACAAACCUAGAAGUUUUUACAGUGCACUUCCCCACAGACAAUAUGGUACAUGAAUGCAAUGUUGUUAUAACUAGAAACCGAAGUUAAUAUCAUACGAUAUUUCCCAUAUAAGUGAAUGGCUAUUGUUAUUUUAUAUGCAUGCUCAACUGGCGAAUAACUAGCAAAAUAUUUUGUGUUUUCAGGUACAAAGUUAAAGUUAUGAACGUUAACGUUUGGUAUUUCAUUUGCUACAUAUUUUCAAUCAGUGUUCAUAAAUCGUAAAAAAAUGAAUGGAGUUAUUAUUAAAAGAGAAUUAUGUUAAAACUCUA